AAAGUUGCUACUUGAGGAACGAUGGCGGUCAAGAGUUUUGCUUCCCGCCUCAGAGGGUCCCGUCGCUUUUUGAGUGGGUUUGUGGCCGGAGCGGUAGUGGGCGCCACAGGAGCUGGUCUUACGGCCCUUCAAUUCCUUCGGAGUCAGGACGCGGAGGCAGCACUGGCGGCUAGGGAGCCGGACGGAUCUGCAGAAAAGGCUCUCUUGGAACAAUUUGGAUUCCCUUUAACUGGAACAGAGACUAAGUGUUACACUAAUCAUGCCUUGUCUUAUGACCAGGCAAAACGAGUGCCCAGAUGGGUUCUUGAGCAUAUAUCCAAAAGCAAGAUAAUGGGUGAUGCAGACAGAAAACAUUGUAAAUUCAAGCCUGAUCCCAGCAUCCCUCCAGUCUUCAGUGCCCUCAAUGAGGACUAUCUUGGAAGUGGGUGGUCACGAGGACACAUGGCUCCAGCAGGAGAUAACAAAUUUUCAACUAAAGCCAUGGCAGAAACUUUCUACCUUUCUAAUAUUGUGCCUCAGAAUUUUGAUAAUAAUUCUGGAUAUUGGAACAGAAUAGAAAUGUACUGUCGAGAACUGACAGAAAGGUUUGAAGAUGUUUGGAUAGUAUCUGGACCUUUGACUUUACCUCAGGCUGGAAGUGGGGGAAAGAAAACAGUUAGUUAUCAGGUGAUUGGGCAGGACAAUGUGGCCGUCCCCUCACACCUUUAUAAAGUGAUCCUGGCUCGCAGAAGUCCAACAUCUGCGGAACCGCUGGCACUGGGGGCCUUUGUGGUGCCCAAUGAGCCCAUUGGCUUCCAACCUCCGUUAACUGAAUUCCAAGUGAGCCUCCAGGACCUAGAGAAGCUGUCAGGACUGGUGUUCUUUCCUCAGUUGGACAGAACUAAUGAUAUCAGGAAUAUCUGCUCCGUGGACACGUGUAAGCUCUUGGAUUUCCAGGAGUUCACUCUGUACUUGAGCACAAGAAAGGUGGAAGGAGCCUCCACAGUGCUCAGACUAGAAAAGAUCAUGGAAAAUUUGAAGAAGGCAGGAAUUGAACCAGAUAGUCACUUCAUUAAUAUAUAUGAGAAGAAACUAGAAAAACUCAAAGCUAAGGAGCAGUCAGAAGCCCAAGAAAGAAAGCCAUCCUAAUUUUUAUCUUGGAAGACAUGGGUCAUCUGUAAUAAAGCAGCAUGCUCUCUUCAGCUUAAUGUAUUUUAGUGGUUUGCUUU